AUGGCAGUGUUCAAUCCCUCGGCCGGCUGCGCAGCGAUCUCCGCCAUAGGGAGAUCAGUGAUCGGCUCGCCAAGUGACCUGCAAAGACCUUAUCUCGUCUCCUCUCGCGAUUCAUUCAUUGUCCGCAAUCACAGCCAGCUCUUUCUCAACGGCAAUCGGUUUCGUGUCGCAGGUCCAAACAUCUACUGGCUCGGCCUCGACGAGAAUGUGCAGCCCUCGCCGUCAUACCCAACGCACGCGCGUGUACUCGAAGUCAUCGCCACAGCCGCGACGAUGGGAGCUACGACCAUCAGAUCAACGACGCUAGGUGUCAGCGUGGGCAACCCGCUCUCUGUUGAGCCCAGCCUCGGCAAUUUCUCUGCAAGUGCAAUGGACAGCAUCGAUUUUGCUCUUUAUGCCGCUCGACAAUAUGGCCUCAAGGUCAUCAUACCACUCAUAGACCAAUAUGACUACUAUCAUGGUGGCCUACCGACCUUUUUGCGAUGGCGCAACCUCCCGAGCAGCAAGACGUCUGCUUUUUUCGAUACUAGCUCGCUCGUCUUCACCGACUUUAAAGACUAUAUAACCUAUCUGCUCAAUCACAAGAGCACCUAUACCAACCUCACGAUGGCCAUCGAUCCUACUGUGCUUGCGUUCGAGACAGGCAACGAACUGCGAGGCAAUGCCGACUGGACGUCUCAAAUUUCGCAGCAUAUCAAGCUCCUUGCGCCUAGCACGCUCGUCAUUGAUGGCAGCUACGGCGUGCAGAAAGACGCUCUCCGGAUCCCUACCGUCGAUAUCCAUAGCAACCACUUUUAUCCCACUAUGAACAAACGAUUGCACUCCGAUCUGUCUCUUACGACAAGCGCAAAGAAAGCCUACAUCGCAGGCGAAUACGAAUGGAAUGGCAAGAACGACACACUACCGUAUCUGUUCAUUUUGGUGCCGGUUGUAUUGGCAGCCACCACGCUUGUAUUACCAGCACGAUGGUUCCCAAAGCGCAUUGCCUGUGGGAAGCGCGCCAGGCGGAAGAGUCUACUCAAUCCGAGUAAGCCAGUGCAGGGCGAGUACCUCAACCUCUCCACGCCAUCGCAAAGCAAGCUUGAUCUCUCGCUGGACGAUACACAGCCUAUAGAGCUCAUGGAUACCUUAGCAGCGCGACAAAGCGAAACAAGUCAGCGUGAAGUGCUCGUCCAUCGUUGGCAUCUCGCUUUACUCUGGUUGCUUACUAUCCCCAUUGGCGUCGGCAUCGUCAUCGCCUUUCGGCCUAACUCUGUGACGAGCUUCACCAAUGCUCUCGAGCAGUCUGACGCCACCGGUGGUCUGUACUGGUCGCUAUUCGGUCGAGACAACGAUUGCUGUCAUUACGUCGAACAUAACGAUGGCUUUACUUUGACAUUUCCAGGUCAAACGAAAGACAUGCAAACCCGCCUAAUCACGCUCGUCAAGCAUGCAUAUUCUAUGAGCGGUCUCACGCCACCUUUCUCGAAUACUGUGACAGGCAUAACACAAGCUAAUCUGCCAGUCGUAUCUUGCUCCCAGUCAGCCUGA